AAAAAAAAAUAACACACUCCAAUGGCCGCCAUUUAUUGAAUUUGUAGGCACUUGGGAAAAUGGUCGAGAUUUUUCAACUUUGAAUUACUCUGGUAGAAUUCAAUAAAAAUAUUUUGAAAAAUUAUACAAACUAUAGUAAAUUAAAGCUAUUCUCAAGUGAAUAUUGAAUUUUGUUAAAAUCAAAAGUGAAAAACCAUAAAAAACCCAAAUUAAAUUUGUUGACAUUUUUUCCUUACAAAAAAUUCUGUACUCUCUUUCUCAUAUAUUUGAUUUGUGCUGUUGGUACCCAAACCCAACUAAGUUUUUUUUUUCCAUCAUCAUUUUCUUAGUGCAGACUUUGUCGCGGGUGUUUCUAUUCUCAAAUCAAACCAAAAAAAAAAAAAGUUCUCUUCUACGUCAACGUUUUGCAACACACUACAACGUCAAUUUCGAAAUAAAAUAAAUACAAAAUUUCAUCGAAAAUAUAAUUAAAAAAUACAAAAAAAAAAAAAAAAUUAUAAUAAAUUUUUUUGAGUGAAGAAAAUUGUGGAAUUUUCUGGGAAGUUUUUUCUUUUCCUUGUGAAUAUUUUAACUUUCCCACUAACGGUGGCUUUUUGGUUGAUCUAAAUAUGAACUAAAAAACUUAAAGAGGAAUGAAACAUAAAAACUUUCGGAGACAACUCUAAACCCAAAACAAACACAAAAAAAAGUCUCAUGAAACAUCUUCAAUAAAAAAUAAUAAAAUUAAAUUAAACAUUUAAUUUUGAACUUUUCGUUGUUUUUCAAAAACAGUAAUGUUAUCAGAUGUAAUGGCUUAUAAUGUAAUGUCAACAGAAACGAAAAAUUCUAUUGAUAGCUAUAAACAUAGCCCCCAUGAUUUUGGGGGCCCUCCAUCAGCGUUACUGUUACCGAUAAACCCAAAUGAUAACAGUUAAGUGUAAAAAUUAACAUAAUCAAAAAAAAAAAAAUAGUUGAAAGAUAAAAAAAUUUAUAAAAAUUUCAAAAAAAAAAACAUUAAAAAAUGAACUUCCAAAGGAAAUUAUAGAAAAUACAAAAAAAAAGUGAAAAAAUAAAAUUAAAAAAAAGAAAAAAAAAUCUUGCACAAGAAAUCCCGAAAAAAAAAAAACAAUUUAAGAUUCUCGAGAGAAAACACGAAAGAAAUUGAUUUUCUUUUGUCAACUUCUUCGAGAGAUAUUAAGGCAUUUUUUUUAAAAACAAAUGCCAAGAGUUUACAAACAAAAUUAGCUUUUUGCAAUGCCAUUACAAUCGUCGGGUAUAAUUGUUGUAGAAAAGACAUCAGUUAUUGCUGGUUCAGGCACAACAACAACUUUAACCAAUAACAAGUCAAAUCUACAACAAUUUUAUGAAUUUUACGAUGUCAAUGAUGGCAAUGUUGGCAAUAUUAUUACCGAAACAACAAACAAUAAUAACAAUGGUAAUAAUAUCAAUAGUAGCAAUAACAAUCCACUAAUGCGUCGACAUCAGCGUACGAUAUCAUCAUCGUCCUCAUCGUCGAUACAUUCACCAUCUUCCACCACCAUUCAACAACAACAGCAACAACUUAAACAUCAUCAAGUUGUUACAACAAAUUUACAAACUCUUGCCUAUAAUCAACAACAACAGCAGCAACAACAACAGCAGCAACAACAGCAAAUGAAUCAGCUUAACCAACAGCAACAUCAUCAUCAACAACAAUCAUCUCAAUCUGGAGGAUCAGCAGGAGCACAACAGUUGAUUGUGAGUGAAGAGUAUCUCGAGCAUGCACAAAACACAGGUGGAAACAAUGCAUCUGGCAGUGGAGGCAAUGGCAACGGAAAUGUCAUGAUAUCAACAACGAACGAUGUACUAAAUCAGCAAAUAAUCAAAAUUGUUACUGCCGGUGGACCAACUGGCAAUAUGAUUAUAGAUUCCAUGGGGAAUGUGACCACCACUAACGGAAGUGGUGGAACUGUUGGUGGAAAUAAUGGUACAUCUAAAGUACUCUUCAACAAUCUGACUGUCAUGUCGAAGCAGGGAAAUUCAGCUGGAACUGGAGGCGUCCAAUCGACAGGGGCUAGUCAGUUGACACAACAACAGCAUCAUCAGCAGACAAUAAACUUUGUCAACGCAAAGAGUCUACCGUAUAUAACAACAUCGAAGGGACAAACGACAACUCUACAAAAGAUGACUGCUUACAAGACAAACAAUAUUUCCAUUAAGCAAGGAAAUCAGUCAUCUCAGCAACAACAGCACCAUGUGCUUACCUCUGCUGGAAGACAAACUGUUAUUGGUAGCCAACAGCAGGGCCAAUCCCAGCAGCAAGUUGUACAGAAAGUGACUAUGCCACGAAAUGUACAAAUGGUCACCAGAGUUCAGACUUUGGUUGCCCCACAGCACUCGCCACAGCAGCAGCAACAACAGCAACAUAUGUCCAACAGCGGACAAAUGGUAAUGCAACAAAAGUACGUUCACAAUAUUGUUACAACUGGCAACACUGGCAUUGGCGGUGGAAAGACAAAUCUAAUUAAGAAAUCCACUGGUCAAUCGAUGAAGUUGCAACAACAUAAGAUAAUCAGCACUCAACAACAGCAGCAGGGUGUGAAAACAUUCAUUCAGCAGCAGCCAAGUGGUGGCGCAAAUCAGCAACACUUUCAAACAAUCAAUAUUAACCAAAGUCAGCACCAGAAUUCGUCAUCAGGAGGUGUACCACAGACGACUCUGAAGCACAUCAAGUCACAGAAAAUCAUUAAACAAUACAACAAUGCUAUUACGAAUAGUAGUGGUGCAGUUUCAGUGGCGACACUGCAUCAUAAUCAUUCCGUUAAUGCUUCCUCGGUGCCAACAUCAGGGACCUAUACAAUAAGCAAUAAAAUCAACAAUGCCGGUGGAGUGCAUCAGCAACAUCACCUGUCGACGAAGCUUUCGAAACAUCCAAAGUAUGUUAUGCAAAAUCAUAUUGUCAUUCCUUCGUCACAGAAUCAGAAUCACAAAGUGGUGAAUAAUGCAAGUGGGAAUAGUAUAAUGGUUAAUCAGCAGAUUUUGAAUUCGAUAAAUUCAUGCAACAACAGUUCGGGAACAAUAAAGUUUGUUAAUGCUCAUGGAACGGUUAUUCAGCAGCAGCAGCAACAACAGCAACAGCAGCAACAACAACAGCAGCAGGCACCGACAAUUAUAACUACAACCACACAGAAAGUGCGAACGAAUAGUGGGAGUAGUGGAGGAGGAGGUGGUGGUGGUGGAAAUAAUAACCAUCAAUACCAGCAACCUCAUCAAGUGCAUAUAACUCAGCAGCAAUUUGUAACAACCGAUGGAGCUAAAUCAGAUGGUAAUAAUAUCUACCAUAUAUCGUCGACUUCAUCCGGGAAUUACAUACAAAAUUCUGGUAAUUCGCAACAGCAACAAAAUACCCAAAAGAAUUCACCCCUCCACACAGAUGAUAUUAUGAUUGUUAAUGGUACCCAAAUGACUGAUGAGCUAUCGGCCAGAAUACUCCAAAGUAUGGCUCAAAAAUCUUUUAAUAAUCAACAAAGAUUCCAUCAGCAACAGCAGCAACAACAACAGCAGCAACAACCGCAACCAGCGGUAACGAAAUUAAUUCAUCAAUCAAGCAAUAUGCCACCACCAGCACAGCUAACGGUGCAACAACAACAACAGCAGCAGCAGCAACACCAUGCCUCAACAUCGAAUUUAAUUUUAUCGCCCAAAGAAUAUCCAAUAUAUGGAGUUCAGCAACAGCAAUACCAACAACAGCAACAGCAACAAAGAUUAUGUAAUAGUGCGCCCAAUAGUCGAUCACAUUCAUUAGAGAGGAAGUAUCAUGAUACUACAAUAUCAACGAAGAAAUCUACAACGGAGUACUAUAAAGUCAAAAACGACACCAUCGUAAAUCAGCAACAACAUCAUUUGCAUCAUCAGCAGUCUUCAGCAUCAACGAUGGCAUCAAGAAUUCCAAUUGGAACAACUUUAACGCAACAUCAUCAUCAACACCAGCAACAACACCACCAACAGCAGCAGCAACAUCAACAACAACAGCAGCAACAACAUCAUCAGCAACAACAACAAUCACAGCAACAACUACAACAGUAUCAGCAACAUCAGCAAAAGCGUUCAUCGCCGUCCCAUGUUGAUCAAGAUGAUGAGUUAAUUGGUGAAGAGGUGCGUCCAAUCCCAGUUAACACGAAUGAUGUUCGUUUACAGGUUUUACAAGCAGUCUUGCAAGAUCAUACCUAUGUUGUAGCGAUGCCAACUCGCUUCCCAAUUGAUGUACCACCACCAUCACCUGUUGCUCCUUCACCCGUCGUUGUCCAACAACAACAACAACAACAAACACAACAUUUACAGCAACAACACCAAAAGGCUUCAGUUUCUACGGUUGUUGCAGUAUCAGCAGCAGCACCAGUAAUGGGACAUUCAAAGAUUGUUCCAGAAACAAAAGUUGUUUAUUCGACAAGUUUACCAAACAACAACGCCACGGGUCAAGUUUCCCAGUUGUCCUUGAUCAAUGUGAGUGCCCAGAAUCAACAUGGACAAUCUACUACAUCAACGUACACGAUGUACGGACAACAAAUUGCAAGACCACAGCAAGACGAUGAUGCACACUCGGCCAUUAGUAAUGGUUCAACAAGAGUAACUGGAGCAUCCGGGGAGAUUGAUCCCGGCGAAGAAACCGAGACAGCACCCGAAGCAGAAGCUGAAGAUGACUCAGUAACACGUUGUAUAUGUGAUUUAACUCACGACGAUGGAUACAUGAUUUGUUGUGAUAAGUGCUCUGCAUGGCAACAUGUCGAUUGCAUGGGUAUCGACCGUCAAAACAUACCCGAUGAGUAUCUCUGUGAGCUGUGUCAACCUCGUGAGGUAGAUCGUGCACGAGCACGCAGUUUGCAACUGCAAAAACGUAAAGAACAAACACAAAUGCUCCUAAAUGCUACCCAAAUGAAUUCUGUUGGAGGAAUUACACUGAUUCCCAAUGAUCCAACGAAAGCAGCUGCAGUAACAGGAGUCCUACAACAACAACAACUUGGCAUUACUCCAGGACUGCCUGGUUCUAAUGCCCCUCAACCACAACUCACAAAGAAAGGUAAACUCAUCAAACGUAAAGAAUUGGUCAAAAAGGCUAAGAAAGAAAAAACCACUGGUGUCACGGCCGCAGCCAAAAGGCGAGAGAAUAAAAAAACAACAAAGAGAAAGUCAAAGAACAAUUCUGGUGAUCCAGUUGACAAACAUGCCGCCAACCUUCGUCAAUGGAUCGAAAACUACGAAUUGGCUGUUACCAAUCAUUAUUCACCUGAAUUAAGAGCCCGUCUACAUGCUAUCAGCAAGCAACCGAGUCUCCUACAGACUAUAACGGCGACCGAAAAUAAGGCCCUUAAACAUUGCGGCAAUCUUGAGAACAAAGCCACAACAGUGCCACAUGCAGGUGGAAAAAUUCUCAUCAGCAAUUUUGAUAUACCGCCAAACUCGCCGAUAUUUGAAUUACGCGGCAAAUAUAUGCUUACUACACAGUACAAAAACUCCAACACUACUGUCAAUAUGAAUAGUCCUCCGCCAUCAAAUUAUUUGCAGACUCUAAAGUCUCACAAGAUUCCUGGUGCAUUCAUAUUCUUUUAUCAAAUGGCGGGUGGCGGGAAUGAUGGUAUGCCAAAUGGUCCUGAAAUAUGCGUAGAUACCCGAACAUAUGGAAACGAGGCUCGUUUUGUACGACGGAGUUGUCGCCCAAACGCCGUUAUUCAGCAUUUGUUUGAAAAAGGUACAAUUCACCUGUACAUUGUAUCCCUCACAAACAUUAUGGCUAGCACCGAAAUUACCAUAAAACAUGAGCCGCAUGACUUACUUGCCUUGGAGCACAAAAAGCAAUACAGUUUCGCUAUACAACCGACCAGCACGAGUUGUGCGUGUGGUCUAACAAAAGAUUGUCUAUUUGGUGUACCAACACCAAUGCCACCUGCUGCGACACCAACGACAAAACCUGCCCGAAGCAAUAGCAAGGUUGUGUUAAACGGUUGUGUGGAGAAGACUACCGGAGGUACAACGGCAGCUUCGAAAAAGAAGGCCCAAAAUAUGAAUCGUGGCCGAAGUACAUCGUCCAGUGGAGACAGCAAUGCUGGUCUCCUCAGUCCUAAUAAUAAUAAUAACAACAACAAUAGUUAUGCGCCAAACUUGUACAAUUCGACUGCAUCGAUUGCCAGUUUAAUGCAUGAUUCGGGAGUGUAUACCUCGUCUUCAUCGCCCUCGGUAUCGAUUCCGUCACCUCCAACAGCACACAUUAGCUCUCCACCUGUGCAACCGAUCCUCACGGGACAGUCCCAAUCAGUGCAGCAAUUAGUGCCUCAGCCAGUGCAGCAUGUAGCGCACUUGAAGUUGACACCACCAUCACCGCAGCCGAUGUUGCCUAUUCAACAAAUUCAACAUCUGCCGCCACAACUUCAACAGCCGCCAAUAGUGAUGAAUAAUCUUCCAGCGCCGUUGUUGCUUCCACCUCCUCCUGCACAAAUAAAUCCGAUCGAGGUAGUGGCAGCGCCUUCUGUUCCGAUAAUCGUGCAGACUUCGCAUGAAUCUAUACCAGAAUCUAAGCCUGCGGAUGUUUUGUCCCCAGUUGCAGUAACAAUCGCUAAACCAAUUCAGUUUGUGCCACAAGAGAUGAAAAUAGAGGUUCUGCCGCCGUCAUUACCACCUCCACUACUUGAACCACAAUCUCAACUUCAAUUGCAAGCGCAAACGCAACCGCAAGUGCAACAACAACCCCAAAUACUACAACAACAACCGCAACUACAACAACAACCACAGCUACAACCGCAAAUACAACCGCAAAUACAACCGCAAAUGCACCCGCAAAUACAACCGCAACUGCAACUGCAACUGCAACCGCAAUUGCAACCGCAACUGCAACCACAACAACAACUGCAACUGCAACCACAACCGCAACUGCAACCGCAGCCACAACUGCAACUACAACUGCAACCCCAACCAGUGGUGAAGAUUGAAGAAUCAGUAGUGCAGGAAGCUUCUCCUUUAGCUCCAGUCCAACCUCCAUCGGAAGUUGUAGUUAAAGAAGAAGAUGCCGUUUCAGUUCCAGUCGUUUCGGCGGUAACUUUUGAAGCAGGCCCUUCAUGCAUAGCGCAGCAGCAGCAAAUUGCUCAACAGCAAAUAUUGAAUGAAUCACUCCCCGAUGAAAUCGGUUCACCAGUAAAAUCACCACAGAAACCAAGCUGCGGUCGAAAGACUCCGGCAAAGCAACCUCGCACAAGUGUUUCGGAAGAUUCCAACGGUGCCAAUCAACAACAACAACCUACACCUACAACACCCAAUCCAACACCACCUCCAAAAGAAGAAAAACGUGAAUCCCGCAAGCUAACCCGCGAAGAGCGAAAAAUGGAAGCAAUUCUCCGAGCAUUUGAAAAAAUGGAAAAAAAUCAACAAAGAAAACAGGAGCUUAAACAAGCCAAAACUGAUGUGUCAAAACGAAGAAACAGCAAUUCACCAAGUCCAAAACGCAGCAAUAGCGCAGAUGGUGGUACUCCUUUCAAUUCAGGGCCGAACUCAGUCAAGAAAAACGUAUCAAAUUCGAUGAGAAAGAAGAAGCGAAAGUCUCAUAAAUCGUACAACAUUAACAGCCAUUCACAACGAAAGCGUCGAAAGAGUCGAAUGAAUAGUAACGAUUCUGAUGGUGCUGGAACCUCUGAGGAAUCUUCAUCUAUGCUAUCUCCUCCAAUUCAGGGCUUACAGAAUUGUCUACCUCCUGGGGGAAUACCAACUCCAGAGUCAGUAGCCAAUCGGCAGUCUCAGCUGAUGUCACAGCUGAUGGAAGGAGGACGACCAGAACCAGAAAGUCAGUCACCUCCAGAUGCUGCUAAUGUUGACGCUGCUGCCGGAUUACUUUUAGCAUUUGCGAAUCCCGAUAAGGAUAUUAACGUUUCACAAGACGCUGAACCACAAAUGGAGGACGAUCUAAAGUCUCCUGAAAGACAAGAUGUUUCCGGUGAUUCGCGCACAAUAUCACCACCUGCUACUCCGACAAUUGUAAGCUCAACAUGUUUGUUGAUUGAAGCAGCUGUCGGUCCAUUGGAGAACCUACCUGAAUCUGCAGGACCUUCUGGAGAGUUCAAGUAUCCAGCUAAAACUAAAACAAAGAAAGUUCUUAUGAGCAAUUGGCUGAAUCAGUCUAGUGACUUUAUGCCAAAUCAGGAAAUGGGACCCAUGGAAUCUCAUCCUGAAUUGCAAGCUGAUAUCCAACAACAACAAUAUCAGCAUCAACAAAUCCUUCCUCAUCAGGAAAUUCAGCAGCAGGCAAUACAAUAUCAAGAAAUUCAACAGCAUCAGGAAAUUCAGCAGCAUCAUGAAAUCCAACAUCAGGAGUUACAACAAUUGGUGGAACCACCACCACAACCAAUAGCACCGCCUCAAGUAAUUCAAUCUGUAGGACUUGACAGCCUGGUUCAAGCGGCCAUGUGUGAAUAUGGACAAGCACCUAUUGUAAGUCCAUCAUAUAUGACCCACGUUGUUCCGAGCUGUGAAGAGCCACAGAAUUUGAGUAUGGUUGCAAAAAAAGUGGAAGAAUUCAUACACCAAACAGAGGCGACAACACAAAUAGUUGCACCACCCCCACCACCAGUAGCGCCACCAAUUGCACCACCAAUUGCAGUAGCACCAUCAAUAGCACCACCAGUGACAACUCAAAGGAAUGCAUUGACAUUGCCCUUACAGGUAAGCACAUGCAGCAAUAACUCCUCUGUAAAGAAACGCUGGCUUCGGCAAGCUAUUUCAGAGGAGACCGAUGAGAGCUCCACUCCAACACCAUUAUCAGGAGCAUCGCCCCAACUUCCGAAUGGCUUUACAACGCCGUUGAAAAAACGCCGUCUAGUAAUCAACUCUGAUGGAGCUGCUACAGCUGAAGACUUUACUCCAGAGGAUCUAACCCGAAGCUAUUCAGAACAAGGAGGUGAAACCAAUGUUAAGCAAGAAGAUAUUAGUGAGUUCAAAGAGGAAUUGAAACAAGAGGGUGACAUGGAUGACGAUGUGGAUAUUCUAAGAUCACCCAGUCCUGGACAAAAGAUGGUAGCUGAAGACAAUCUGGUCAAAAUCGAACCUGAAGAUAUGACUUCUGGAGAUGAUGUUAAGAUCGAUGUUGAGCGUGAGGAAAGUCGAGAAGGUGGUGGUGAGAGAUUUGAAUUCAAAGAAGAAACCACCAAACAAGAAGAAAUUGUCGAAAUUCCAAAAGUCGAAGCUAGUUGUAAGAUGGAGGUCAACGAUGAAACUAUUGUGAAAAUGGAGAAAAACGAAGCUGAGGAACAAGAACAUGUAGAAGUUGAGGAUCAUGUGAAAUCUGAAGAUGAAUAUAUUGCUGUCGUUGAUGAACCUGCAGCUCCUGCAGCUUCUGUUCCUGUUGUAGUUUCUCCUCCUCCUGCUGUCGUAGUGAAAGAAGAAGUUAAACCAAAAGUUGAAGAAGUCUUAGAACAACCCACCAAAAUUGAAAUUAUUCCACCAGUAAAAGUGGAAGAAGUCAAGCCACAACUACUUCCACCACCACCACCAGUGACAGUGAAGAAAUCCGAAUCUGAAAAGAAGAAACCCAAAUCGGAUGACAAACCGAAACAGAGAAAAUCAUCUUCAUCAUCAUCAUCGGCAUCGGCAACUCCACCAGUAGUUAUUCCCAAAUUAGAUCCAUCAGCGGAAAAUGAAAAUAUCCCCGAUGAAUUGGCUGACAUACAAGAACGCCUACAUUCAUUCCACAAGGAGAAUAUUAUGAUCUUACAAUCGCGGAAUAAAAAAUCUAAAUCACCCAAACAACAUUCCACAUCGACAACAAAGGUGUCGCAUUCCUCUUCGUCAGCCGCCGAUUCGACGACGAAGAAAAAUUCAUCGUCGUCAUCUAAGAAACCCAAAAAGGCACGAAAAACUCCGAAGAGUGAAACAGCAACCGAGAAAACUCCAGUGUCUUUACCAAAGACCAAGAGUACUAAAAAAUCCUCAUCCUCAUCGACGACGACUGUGGAAAAAGAAAAGGGCAAAAAGCGUCAUCGAACCUCGUCGACAUCUUCAACCUCUUCAUCAAAGAAACGUCAGUUGAACUUUGAUAUCGAUCGGGUUGUGGGUCAUCACAAACGUAGCAAUAGCACGAGUAGCACCAAGGACGAAUGUUCUGCUGCAAAAAAGCGACGUGAAUCGAGUCGCAGUGAUGAAUCUCAUAAAUCGACAGGAAAAGCUCAUAAAACGUCCAACAAUUCAAUGGCUUUGCUUCCUUUUCAAGAGCCAUCUGCGAUGCCUGUUCCAUCACAGACAACACCAGUUCCAUCACCAGUUUCUGUUGUUCCGUCAACGGUUGUAACAACAUUACCCAAUAUGACAAAUCUUUUAACACAUGCUACCACGAAAGAAGAGAGUUUCCAUCAUGCGGCAAUGACAAUCCCUUGCUUCAACCAUACAACUGUCGGUGCAAUGCCAAUUGCUGGAUAUGUUGUUGCAAGUUCCACAACGAUGCCACUCCCUCCAGCAACGCAAGGUUAUGACAUGCAGACUUUGAUGAAAGUACCUGCAUCAGUAAUUCCUGGACAAGGUGCAACAACUCCGGGUGGUCAUCCAUUACCUUAUUACAGUACGGUUUAUGGUAAACUUUUGGAUGGUUCAUCAACAUCAGUUGAGUCAACUGUUGCAGCAACAACUUCAACUACACCAACUACUCCGUCGACACCACCAACGAAUUUACUUCUUGCCGACUACCUGGACACAAAACCAAAGAGUUUCAGUUCUUUGGGAAGCUUUACAUCGUCGCAUUCGACUUUGUUUGGUAGUUUGAAUUCGGUGAAAGUUGCAUGCAGUUCAAGUGAAUUAAUCUCAACUGCUGCAUCAACAUCACCCAAUUCUAGUGAUCCCACAUCGCCGGUAGCUGACAUGACUGGAUCGUCGACACGACUACAAACGACACCAUUGAAAAUGCUCACUAAGACCGCUAGUCAUGAUCCAAGGCUAAAUCCUAGCUUAACUGCACCCGAACCGCCACCAGCACCAAAGAGAAAGCUUUCAAUCAACGAAUAUCGCAAGCGUAAGCAACAAUCAACUGACGAUAAGAUCGGAUCACCAGAAGGUGUUGGAUGUGGUGGCGAUUCUUUGUCAUUUUCCUCCUCAUCAUUAGCAACACCUUCGGCUAAAAAAUCUGGUGAACCGCAGGGUUUAUGUUCUGGUGCAACAUCGGCAACGUCCACACUAUCGGGAGCAAGUGAUAAUGUUUUCGAUAAGGCCUUUGAUGAUUGCGAACGAAGAAAUAAUAUUUGCCAUAACAGCAAAAUUGAUGAUACACCCAAAGUACAAUUUAGUCCAGCACCAACAUUAUUGGAAAAACAACAAGAAAGCAUGUUGGAACGUUUGAAAUCAUUGAAAAGUAAACAAGCAUCAUCAGCGGCAUCAAUGGGUAUAUCAUCGCUAUUAGACUCAACUACAUCAUCGUUGAUUGGAUCGACGAAUCAUUUAAGUUUGCAUCGAGAUAAUUUUAUUUCUACAACACUUAAUCGAACAAAUUCGGAUUUAGACAAUUGUCUAGAAUCCAUUUCAUCAUCUUCAACAUCAUUGGCAUCUUCGCGAGAAUCAACACCCGAGCCACGAGAGCAUAUUAGCUUUAAUAAUAUUUCAACAACAACAACAAAAAGCAAUGUAUGUUCUUCGUCAACAUCAUCGUCUUCUUCGUCAUUAUUGCCUAAUUCAACAUCUCUGACGACCGCAUCGAAUGCAGCAACAACAACACCAUUAACAACAACAACAACACCAGCAUCAACAACGCCAACAACAACAAAUACCACCAAAGCCACAAUCGCAACAACUCUACUACAACAAUCGGAAAACUAUUUAUCAUAUUCUCCGAUAUUAGACACAAGUGCUGAUAAUUUUGAUUCUCCAAUAGCAGAAUCAAUUGAACAACAAAAAGCCGCCGCAGCAUCUUCGCCCAAACAACAACAACAACUACAACAACCAGACAACAAUACAACAACAGAUAAAGAUGGUACAACCACAUAAAGCACACACACAUGGUAAGAAAAAAAAAAUUUUAUAUAAAAAUAUAAAAAUAGACCAAGAAAAAGAAACAAAGAAAACACACAAAAGUUUAUAACUGAAAUCAGUAGGCGAAAUGGAAUGAUAACAAUAAAAUACAUUUUUUCAAAUAAUCUUUUUACAUUUAUAAAUAAUAAUUCUUAGUUUUUAAUUUAUUUCAUUUAAAAAUAAAAUUUUCAUUUAUAAAUUAAUCAUAUUGAAUAACAAAAAAAAAAACACAUUUAUAACAAAAAACACAGUUUUAGAUUUAAUUGUUCUCUAUUUUAUUAUUAUUUUUUGCUUUUAUAUUAUAAUUCCUUUUAUAAAUAUUAUAUUAUUUUAUAACUUCACCUAUUUGUACAAAAAAUACAAAAACAACAAGAAAAAAAUCCUGAAAUUUAACUACAUAACAAAAACAAAAAGAAAUUAAAAAAAAACAAAAUUAUCACCAUCCCAGCUCCAUUUUUAAAUAUUAAAUAUAAUUUUCUUUAAUUUUUCUUUACUUUAAGUACUCUACUGAUUGAAAUAAUUAUAAGAAUUUUUACUAUUUCCUACUUAAACACAAAAAAAAAACAAGAAUUACAUUAUAUAAAUAUAUAGAUAUGAAACGAGUAAAAAACUACACACACACAGCAAUCUGUAUACUAUAUAUAAAUUAUAUAAAUACAAAAAAACUUAUAUAUUAACUAAAACGAAUCGAAUAAAAAUAUAUGUAUUGUGUAUAUUUUUGUAUAAAGAACUAAUAAACAAAUUGAUUCUAACAAAAAAAUAAAUAAAAAAUAAAAAAAAACGGUAAAAAAUGAAAUUUUAAUUAGUUUUUUAGGUGAUUAAUUUACUUAAAAAUAAAACUAAACAAAAAACUUACUUUUAUGUGUACAUAUAAAUAAAUAUAAAUAAACUUAAUGAAAAAAAAAAAAAAUAAUUUCCGUUUUCUGGAUAAAACGGAAACAAAAAAAAAAGAAAACAAAUGUUCGCCAUUAUGCAUAUAGGUGAACAAGAGAGAGAGCACCAACCAGCCAGUGAAUAAUGUAAUCGAGUGAGAAUGUAAAAAAAAAAUAAACACAUGUUUUUGUAAAUAAUUUUGUAAUUAAAAAAAUAAAAUACAUAAAUGUAUAGAUAUAUAAACAAAAAUAUAUUUUCCUUAAUUUCCAUAUGAAAUAAAACUUUUUGUUUUUAAUGUAAAUAAUUUAAUAAAAAAAAAAUGGAUGUAAAAUAGUACAAAAAUAAUAUAUAACAAAAAAAAAAAAAACGUAAAAACAUAAAAAAAAAACACAUCGGAAUUUAGAAAUUUAUAGAUUUAAAAAAAAAAAAGUUAAUUGCAUUAAGAUUUUCACAAAAAAAUAAAUAAAUAUAAAUCGUAUAUUAUAAUAGAGAGAUAAAACAGUAUCCUGGAUGAAUUAGAUUUUAAGAAACAAAAAAAAAAAAAAACA